CAUCAAGAACAAAAAAAACGUGCAUUACUAAUGAAGUCAAGGCAUCGAACCUCUCGUAGAGGAAUGGCUAAUAUAAGAGAAGAUUUGAAAAAAGAACGAAAUAUUCAAAAUCCAGAGAGGUAUCAAGUUUGGCUUAGAUCGCGUGAAAAAAAUAAAGUUCUUGUGACAGAGCUAGACCGACAAAUUGCCAAAAAGAUAGAGGACGUCAAAGAAAAAUUGAUUCGUGGCGAAAUUACAGCUCAGGGUCGAGAUGACAUCUUGACUCAAGCAUUAGGGACACCAGAACACCCAGGUCGUGUUCGAGCUGGCGGGUUCACUGCGACCGUUUCCAAAAUGUUUGGAAAAAAACAUAAAACAAUGACUGCAAGAGAGGAGAUUGCUCGACUAAAAGCUGAGAUUGAAGAGCUAAAAAGACAUAAAUUUAGCACAGAAGAGGAAUUAGCUCAAAAUGAAGAAUAUAAUGAGGAAAACGAUGAGUUUGGAUACUACGAUGAAGGGCAAUUUGAUGAGGGGCAAUAUUAUGAGAAUACAAGGUCCAUCUUCAUCUAA